AUGCCAACAUUCCAACACAUUUUCUAUGUUAUUAUUGUUCUUCUUCUCUUCAAUUCAACCCAAACACAAUGCCACAGCAAGGGACUUCGACCUGGGAAUUCAGCUGGGAAAGUACAUUUGACCAAGAACAUGACACAAGCCCAAUUCUCAGAACAGCAAUUCAUGAAGUGGGUGAGGUUUGUUGGAAGGCUGAAGCACUCUGUGUUCAAGACAGCCAAAAAUAAGCUCUUCCCUUCUUACACUCUGCAUGUGGCUAAGAACCGUGCUGCUGGAGACUUCACAACCAUUCAGGACGCCAUUGACUCUCUCCCCUUCAUCAAUCUCUUGAGAGUGGUCAUCAAGGUCCAUGCAGGGGUCUACACGUGA